UGCUUUUAGUCCUAAGCUUUGAUAUAUACCAAACAAUUUUUUCGUUGAUCGAAAGUACACGUGUUUCGAGUUUAUUUUUAUUAUUAGCUCAAUCGUUUAUAUAUAAAUCUUCAUAAAAUGAUUAAAACUAACAAUAAAGAGCCAAACAUUUUGGUGACAGGUACACCAGGUGUUGGUAAAAGUUUAAUGUGCCGUAUGUUGUCAGAAAAGACAGGACUAGUUUGGUUAGAUGUUAGCAAGUUAGCUAUUGAACAUGAAUGCUUAGAAGAAUAUGAUGAAGUAUAUCAAUGUCCAAUCUUGGAUGAAGAUAAGUUGCUUGAUGUAAUGGAAAACGUUAUGAACGAAGGUGGAAAAAUAGUGGAUUAUCAUGGUGCAGAUUUUUUUCCAGAAAGGUGGUUUGAUAUUGUUUUUGUCUUAAGAACUGAUAAUACAAUUUUAUAUGAUCGUUUAGUGGAACGAGGAUAUACAGGAAAAAAAUUAGAGGACAACAUUGAUUGUGAAAUAUUUCAAACUAUUUUAGAAGAAGCUAAAGCUUCAUAUAGAACAGAAAUAGUUCAUGAAUUGACGAGUAAUACUAUGGAUCAUGUUGUAGAUAAUGUAAAUAGAAUAUGUCAGUGGAUUGAACAGUGGAAGAUAGAUAACCAAGAAUCAUAAAAUAAGAUUUACAUACAAUAUUAUUUUAUAAUAUAACACAA